AAUGAUGUAGUUAAAUCAUAUAUUAAAAAGUAGAUAUCAAUUAAGUUACAGUUAUAAGUUGUAUUUAACGUUGAAACUGCGUUAGAAUUACGGACAACCGUCUAUUGAACUAAACGGGACCAGUAGUAAACAUUCCAAGAUGAAGACGUCAUUAUCGGCUGUGCCCAUACUGUGUGCACUUUGGAUGACAAUAGUGGUUUCCGGCCCAACGUACACCACUGAAUGUGACGUCAAGACUAUGACCAUGAAUGCCGGGUACAGGGAACAUCCGACAGAUUGCAGUAAAUAUAUCCAGUGCCAUCGCAACAGAGAUGGUCAGUUUAUUGGCAUUGUAAGGGACUGUAGUUAUGGGACAUACUGGAACCCGAAUUUUCUAACAUGUAUCUCAGCAAAAGGCACCGUAUGCAUACAUGAUUUAUGUUAUAAACAGCCCGGCGAGAAGCGAAGGAAAGGACAAGGAAAUUGCAGGGGUUACUAUGAGUGCAAGGGAAGUUGGUCCAUACCAAGGUGUUGCCCUCUUGGACAGUAUUUUCAUGAAAGUCUCGUAUGUGUAAACAAUACGGUAGAUAUCACUUGUAAAGAUCCUUGCUUUGACACCUUUCCGUAUUCCCAGCGAAAGGAACCAUUUGGAACUUUCCUGGGGAUUGCCUUUACUCAACCUGGUCAAGAUGCCUCUGCAAGCCAGGUAAAAAGUGGAAAUACGGGUCAAGGAAAAUCAUCAGCUGCUAAAAUUGUCUGUGACAAAACUGUCAUACCAGAGGAACCUGGGAUGUACAUGCAGACGCUUCAUCGCGGGAGACGGACACUGAAACGGCGCUGUCCAUCGGGAACAAUAUUUAUACAAGCUGUGUGUAACUGCCUGCCCAUUUGGGAUCAAUAUGUAAUACCUGAACUCACUCGAAGUGUAAACAAUACCACACAACCAACGAUUUGUUCUCCGAUUAUCUACCUACCAUUUACGCUUGACGACAAAGAUCAGUCCGGCAACGCGUAUCAAAUAAUCAACCACAAUGUAAUUGUUCGAGAUGGUAAGGCCUUUUUUGAUGGGCAUGAAAGCGGCCUAACAAUUCCGCGAUUUCCAAGCUUGGGUAUUACAAACAGUAUGGUUAUAAAAGUGGUGUACAGUUCUGAUCAUAAGUCGAUUCCUGAUAAUCGUUCUAUGACAAUAUUCUCGAAUGGUGGUUGCAACGAAGCACCAAGUGUUUACAUGUAUGAGAAUCGGCGGCAAAUAACUGGCGGUAUCAGCACAUUACCGGACUUAGGUACGGCAAAUGAGGCAUCAAUUCAACAACGUCCUCCCCAACCUGGCCAGCAAAGUUCCAUCAACGAGGUUAUGUACCUGUUUCACGGUGGGGAAUUCACGCUAAGGAAUGGAGAUAGUUCCCAAACUAUUUCUACCGAAGGAAACUUCAACAAAAAAGCAUGCCCUUUAAGCAUUGGUUAUCGUGGUGAAAUGCCUUCGUUUAAAGGGUCAAUCAAUGAGUUUACUAUUUACAUGUGCCAAGACGUUUAAUGUUUUCCUUACACUGUUCGUUAUGGUGACUUUGUCGUCUAAGACUUAUACAUUUAAAUACCGAGACACUUAUCGGGUAGUGCUCAUUAAUCGAUUUUUAACGCAAUCUUUUGAAAUGUUAAUAGGUAACUGUUACUGCAUUUCACAGACGUAGAUGACUUCUUACUUGAAUAAAAUAUUGUUUACCAAUAUAUAGAAAUAUUGACGUUUUCAUUCAGAUUAAUAAAACUUCAUACAAAGAUG